CUUUCAGGGGCUCUCCCUCCAGAUACUGCAUGACUCACAGUCAUCAGCUCUUUCAAGUAUUUGCUCAAGUGUCACUUUCUCGCCUGUUAAUAUGGUAGGUAACACUGAUUUGUGAUGCUGAACCAGCCUUGCAUUCCUGAAAUUAAGCCCACUUGGUCAUGCCACAGUCUGGACAGGUGACUGUGAAAAGGACUCACCACAGGCCGGUGUCCACUGGUUGUUCUCACCCUCAUACUGCCAUCCUCUGCUGGUGUCAGAAGUCACGACCGCCUCUUCCUCCUGCGGUGUCCGCGCAGCGCCCUCUACCGAGAGAGUUUAGCGUUGUGCUCACUUUAAACAGCCCUUGAGUCUUUGAGAACCUUAUAAUGUCCCUCUGUGCCUCUUCUCACAAAGAGUUUCCCCAGCGGUUACCUAUUCAAGACAUGGAUAUCAAAAACUCACCAUCCAGCCUUCAUUCUCCGGCCUCCUACACCUGCAGUCAGUCCAUCCUACCCCUGGAGCGCGGCCCCAUAUACAUACCGCCCUCCUACGUGGAGAGCCGCCCUGAAUAUUCAGCCAUGUCCUUCUAUAGCCCUACUCUGCUGAAUUAUGGUGCUCCCAGCAGCGCCGGGAGCUCAGAAGGCGGGCCUGGUCGACAGACCACAAGCCCAAGUAUGCUGUGGCCAACUCCUGGACGCCUCUCUCCCUUAGCGAUCCACUGCCAGCCGUCGCUUCUGUAUGCAGAACCUCAGAAGAGUCCUUGGUAUGAAGCAAGGUCUCUAGAACCCACCUUACCUGUACACAGAGAGACUCUGAAAAGGAAGAUUAGUGGGAGCAGCUGUGCCAGCCCCCUUACUAGUCCAAGCUCAAAAAGAGAUGCCCACCUCUGUGCUGUGUGCAGCGAUUACGCAUCUGGAUAUCACUAUGGAGUCUGGUCGUGUGAAGGAUGUAAGGCCUUUUUUAAAAGAAGCAUUCAAGGACACAACGAUUAUAUUUGCCCAGCUACAAAUCAGUGCACAAUAGAUAAGAACAGGCGCAAAAGCUGCCAGGCCUGCCGACUGCGGAAGUGCUAUGAGGUCGGGAUGGUGAAGUGCGGCUCCCGGAGAGAAAGGUGUGGCUACCGUGUCUCCCGGAGGCAGAAGAGCUUCGAGGAGCAGCUGCAGUGCCCGAGCAAGGCCAAGAAAAACGGGGGCCACGUGACCCGAGUGAAGGAGCUGCUGCUGAGCGCACUGAGCCCGGAGCAGCUGGUGCUCACGCUGCUGGAGGCGGAGCCGCCCCAUGUGCUGGUGAGCCGCCCCAGCACGCCCUUCACCGAGGCCUCCAUGAUGAUGUCCCUGACCAAGCUGGCGGACAAGGAGCUGGUGCACAUGAUCGGGUGGGCCAAGAAAAUUCCAGGCUUUGUGGAGCUCAGCCUCUAUGACCAGGUGCGCCUCCUGGAGAGCUGCUGGUUGGAGGUGCUAAUGGUGGGGCUCAUGUGGCGCUCCAUUGACCACCCUGGCAAGCUCAUCUUCGCUCCAGACCUCGUUCUGGACAGGGACGAGGGGAAAUGUGUAGAAGGAAUUCUGGAAAUCUUCGACAUGCUCUUGGCAACGACUUCAAGGUUCCGGGAGUUAAAACUCCAACACAAAGAGUAUCUCUGUGUCAAGGCCAUGAUCCUCCUCAACUCCAGUAUGUACCCAUUAGCCACAGCAACCCAGGAGGCCGACAGCAGCCGGAAGCUGACUCACUUACUGAACGCUGUGACGGACGCGCUGGUCUGGGUGAUUGCCAAGAGCGGGAUUCCCUCCCAGCAGCAGCCAGUUCGCCUGGCUAACCUCCUGAUGCUCCUUUCUCACGUCAGACACGCCAGUAACAAGGGCAUGGAACACCUGCUCAACAUGAAGUGCAGAAACGUGGUCCCAGUCUACGACCUGCUGCUGGAGAUGCUGAAUGCCCACACGCUUCGCGGGCACAAGUCCGUGGUCACAGGGUCCCAGUGCAGCCCAGCAGAGGAGAGGAAGAACAAGGAGGGCUCCCAGAACCCCCAGUCUCCUCAGUGACGCCCAUCCUGAGGCGAACAGGCCGCAGAGGAGCUUGGAGGCUGAAGUGCGAACCCCAAAUACAAACUGGGAGCUCCAUCUGGAA